GAGCACGCCAAUUCAAUCCAGGGCAUAAACAAAGCCCCCCUCCGCAGCCCAAAGAAUCGAUUCCCCAAUCGAUCGAUCGCCCGCCCGCCUUUUGAUUGAUCUACCACCCCGCACUGACACCCUCUUUCGAUCUCCUUUCGCCACAUGAUCCGCCGUGCUUUCGAUCGCCCCCGAGCCCUUUCCUCUGCCAGCGGAUGCUCGUCGCCACGAAAGAGCCCAAGAAAAGGUCAUCAGGCACAGCCGCUUCCCUCUGAAACAACCCCCAUUCAGCUCCAGCCUCGUAUCUCUCGACAGGGUUUUAGGGUAGCUUGGUAGAGGCUUAGCUGAUCGACUCUGUCGACGUCCCUCGUAUACCUUCCUUCUCGCCGGGGUCACCGCCGACGCGGCUUUGCUUCCCGGCGAGGCUUGCCGCGAUCCCCCCCUCUGCAGGCAGCAGGCGCAGCAGGGCCCCGGCCAUCACCGGUCGGGCCUAGGCUUCCCUGCCCAGCCAAAAGUUGCUCUGCUGCUUCUGCUUCUGCUUCUGCUCUUCUGCGUGCCAACACAUGCUUCUUGUUCUUUGCUGUUCAAAUGUUCUUGCGUACGUGCUGGGCUUCUAGGCAUCAUAUAAGUGCCUCACGCCAUUGCUACUGAGACCUUGUGCUACUGCUGCAGACGAACUUUUGUCGGAUCAACAGAGGAUUUUCUUUUCUAGUCAAAAUCUGAGUUUGAUCCUGGCUUAGAGGUUCAAGAGAAGGAUGAGCGGGCACGGCGGCGGCGGCGACCCGCACCACGAGGACUUCCAGCUCAAGGAUACGAACCCGCUGCUGGGCGAGCAAUGGCCCAAGGGCGCGGCGGGCCCGGCGCGCCCCGCGGGCGGCGGCGGCGGCGGCGGGCUCGCCGGGUGGCUGGGCGUGGACAAGCCGUCCAGCACCUACGACCUCGUGGAGCAGAUGUUCUUCCUCUACGUGCGCGUCGUCAAGGCCAAGGACCUGCCCCCCAACCCCAUCACCGGCGCGCCCAUGGACCCCUACGUCGAGGUCAGGCUCGGCAACUACAAGGGCACGACGCGGCACUUCGACCGCCGCGCCAACCCCGAGUGGGACCACGUCUUCGCCUUCUCCAAGUCCCGCGUGCAGUCCAACGUCCUCGAGGUCUUCCUCAAGGACCGCGAGAUGCUCGGCCGCGACGACUACGUCGGCAAGGUCACCUUCGACCUCGCCGAGGUGCCCACGCGGGUGCCGCCGGACAGCCCGCUCGCGCCGCAGUGGUACCGCCUCGAGGAGCGGCGCGGCGAGGGCGGCAAGGUGCGCGGGGAGCUCAUGCUGGCGGUCUGGAUCGGGACGCAGGCCGACGAGGCGUUCCCGGAGGCGUGGCACUCGGACGCCGCCGCCGUGCGCGGCGAGGGCGUCGCCAGCGUGCGCUCCAAGGCGUACGUGUCGCCCAAGCUCUGGUACCUCCGCGUCAACGUGAUCGAGGCGCAGGACGUGCAGCCGCAGCAGGCCCGCGGGCGCGCGCCGGAGGUGUUCGUCAAGGCGCAGGUGGGGAACCAGAUCCUCAAGACCUCCGUCGUGCCGGCGCCGACGCUGAACCCGCGGUGGAACGAGGACCUGCUGUUCGUCGUCGCCGAGCCGUUCGAGGAGCAGCUGGUGCUCAUGGUGGAGGACCGGGUGUCCCCGGGCAAGGACGACCUCCUCGGCCGCGUCGCGCUGCCGCUCACGCUCUUCGAGAAGCGGCUGGACCACCGGCCCUUCGUGCAGUCGCGGUGGUUCGACCUCGAGAAGUUCGGCGUCGGCGCCGCCAUCGAGGGCGAGACGCGGCGGGAGCUCCGGUUCGCCAGCCGCGUCCACGUGCGCGCCUGCCUCGAGGGCGCCUACCACGUCAUGGACGAGUCCACCAUGUACAUCAGCGACACCCGCCCCACGGCGCGGCAGCUUUGGAAGCCACCCGUCGGCGUGCUCGAGGUCGGCAUCCUCGGCGCCGCCGGGCUGCAGCCCAUGAAGAACCGCGACGGCCGUGGCGCCACCGACGCCUACUGCGUCGCCAAGUACGGCCAGAAGUGGGUGCGCACGCGCACCAUGAUCGGCAACUUCAACCCCACCUGGAACGAGCAGUACACCUGGGAGGUGUUCGACCCCUGCACCGUCAUCACCAUCGGCGUCUUCGACAACUGCCACCUCGGCACCAACGGCAACAAUGGCCAGCCGGCGCGCGACGCCCGCAUCGGCAAGAUCCGCAUCCGCCUCUCCACGCUGGAGACCGAUCGCGUGUACACCCACGCCUACCCGCUCAUCGCGCUGCAGAAGUCGGGGGUGAAGAAGAUGGGCGAGCUCCGGCUCGCGGUGCGCUUCACCUGCCUCUCCCUCGUCAACAUGCUCCACCUCUACACGCAGCCGCUGCUGCCCCGGAUGCACUACCUGCACCCGUUCACGGUGACGCAGCUCGACGCGCUCCGGUACCAGGCGAUGGGCAUCGUGGCGGCGCGGCUGGGCCGCGCGGAGCCGCCGCUCCGGCGCGAGGUGGUGGAGUACAUGCUCGACGUGGAGUCCCACAUGUGGAGCAUGCGGCGGAGCAAGGCCAACUUCUUCCGCGCCGUCUCCCUCUUCUCGGGCCUCGCCGCGGCGGCGCGGUGGUUCGGCGACGUGUGCCAGUGGAAGAACGUGGCGACGACGGCGCUGGUGCACGUGCUCCUGCUCAUCCUGGUGUGGUACCCCGAGCUAAUCCUCCCCACGGUGUUCCUCUACAUGUUCCUGAUCGGGCUGUGGAACUACCGGCGGCGGCCGCGCCACCCGCCGCACAUGGACACGAAGCUGUCGUGGGCGGAGGCGGCGCACCCCGACGAGCUGGACGAGGAGUUCGACACGUUCCCGACGUCGCGGCCGCAGGACGUGGUGUACAUGCGCUACGACCGGCUGCGGAGCGUGGCGGGGCGGAUCCAGACGGUGGUCGGCGACAUGGCCACGCAGGGGGAGCGGCUGCAGUCGCUGCUCAGCUGGCGCGACCCGAGGGCGACCUGCCUCUUCGUCCUCUUCUGCCUCCUCGCAGCGGUGGUGCUCUACGUCACGCCGUUCCGGGUGGUGGCGCUCGUCGCCGGGCUCUACGUGCUGCGCCACCCCAGGUUCCGGAGCAGGCUGCCCGCCGUGCCCAGCAACUUCUUCCGCCGCCUGCCGUCGCGCGCGGACAGCAUGCUCUGAACGAUGACACGAUCCAGUCCUGCGGUUACACAGGAUGCUCUGUUCUUCGGUCAAGAGAAUUUCGUUUAUUUUCCUUUUGGAAUUUCUUUUUUUAGUGUGUAAGGUGUUAAGUUUGGGCACCUUGUGAUUUGAAAA